AUGUCAUUGAGAUCUUUGGGCCUCAACUCCACCCUCAACAGAAUCUUUGCCAAGUCGGCCGACAAUGCAAAGUCCGUCGAGACCGUACUCAGCUUCCGCAAGCACCCCCAGGAGUCGCUAGCCAAGAUCAUCACCAGGUGUGACAAGGAGAUGGGGGGUCUGUCCACCGUCAACUUCGACAUUGACGCCGCCUCCGGUGCUGGUCACUUCCACGGCUAUCUCAACCUCGACUUGCCCAAGGGCAACCCGGAGAUCACCCGUCUGGGUUACUCCAUGUUCCGCACCCGGGACCAGAAGGAGUCGUGGUUCUCCGGUGACUCGUACUGGGACUGGUCCCAGUUCAGUUCCCUUGUGCUCAGAGUUAAGGGCGACCGCAGAAAAUAUUUAGUGAACAUCCAAGCGAACACUCCCUUGGUGACUGACUUGUUCCAACACAGGCUCUUUUUGCACCACCCAGGCGAGUGGGAAACUGUGGUGAUCCCAUUGAACGACUUUGUCAUGACCAAUUGGGGCAUCAUCCAGGACGGAUCCGAGCUCAACAAGUCAGAGGUAAAGACUGUUGGCGUCGGUUUGUUGGACAAGCAGUACGGUCCCUACAGUUUGAAGGUUGACUGGGUCAAGGUCAUGACCGGUGCUGAGGUCGAGAAGGUUACCGACAUGUCUCGUGCGGAACGCUUGGCCUUAGAUCAGCACAACAAAGAAGAAAACCGCAAGGACAUGGAAACAAACAUGCCAACGGGGAACGGCGGUAGCGCUCUCAACACUCACAAGUACGAUGAGCCCAAGAGCACCUUCAGAAAGAAGCACCUUAAGAGAUUAGCAGCUCCAUCCCACUGGAUGUUGGACAAAUUGUCCGGCACCUACGCCCCAAGAGCCUCUGCUGGCCCUCACAAGUUGAGAGAGUGCUUGCCUUUGAUCGUUUUCUUGAGAAACAGAUUGAAGUACGCUUUGAACGGUAGAGAGGUCAAGGCUAUCUUGAUGCAGGAGCACGUUAAGGUUGACGGCAAGGUCAGAACCGACUCCACCUACCCAGCUGGUUUCAUGGACGUCAUCACCUUGGAGGCCACCAACGAGAACUUCAGAUUGGUGUACGAUGUCAAGGGUAGAUUCACUGUCCACAGAAUCACCGCUGAGGAGGCUUCCUACAAGCUCGGUAAGGUCAAGAAGAUCGCUUUGGGUAAGAGAGGUGUUCCAUACGUUGUCACCCACGACGGUAGAACCAUCAGAUACCCAGACCCAUUGAUCAGAGCUAACGACACCGUCAAGAUCGACUUGGCUACCGGUAAGAUCACCGAGUUCAUCAAGUUUGACACUGGUAAGUUGGUCAUGGUCACUGGUGGUAAGAACAUGGGUAGAGUUGGUGUUAUUACCCACAGAGAGAAGCACGAGGGUGGUUUCGACUUGGUCCACAUCAAGGACGCUUUGGAGAACACUUUCGUCACCAGAUUGACUAACGUCUUCGUCAUUGGUGACGAGGCUGGUAAGUCCCACAUCUCUUUGCCAAAGGGCAAGGGUAUCAAGUUGUCUAUCACCGAGGAGCGUGACAGAAGAAGAGCUCAGCUGGGUUUGUAA